AUGUCAAGGGGCGGCGGCAGGUGCGGCGUGGCUGGGGCGGGCGGCGUGGCGUCUCGCCUCUCGCGUCAGUCCCCCACGCGGCGGGCGGCGACACGCGCGUAUCACGCUCCCAGCUUCCCGAACACUUUUGCGCGUACCAAACGUUCCGUAGCGAGUGCACCGGACGCAAAGUGCAAGCGUUUCACUUUCAGCGAUCACCCACAGCCCUGGCUUAGCCGAUUUAGUUCAUGCUUACGCUAUUGUGGAAUUGUUUCGGCUAGCCACGUCGCGGGUGCGAGCAUUGGAAUGGGAGAGCGAAGACUGAGAAGGGAACAACGGAAUUGUGCG